GGUGGCCAUUCACGGGCGAUCCAUCGAUACAUUUGGCACGCUGUCGUUCCAAAACUCGUCCGUGAAUGUGAAAACACUGUCGGUCCAAAUGGAUUGGCUCGGCGCGAUGGAAUUCCAACUGCGCGAAAGUCCAUCGCGCCGAGUCAAUUAGCGCGGCGUGAAUACGCAGGCGGCGCGCUCGUAAAUGCGGAAAACCAACGGUCCGGUCGGUCUGAGCCAUCGUGCCGUACGGUUUGCUCGCUCGUGAAUGGUGUUACUCGCGAGCCAAACACGCCAUUUUGAUUUCUGUUUGCGUUUAGCCGUUGGACGAGAAGCACGUGACGCAUUGUAAAUUUAAAUUGUUUUCAUAAUGACAAACCGUGACUUUGUUAAUCAAUUUAUUUAUAAGUUUAGAGACCUGACGUGUUUGUGGGAUGUAACAGAUAUAUAUUACCACAACAAGCAAAAACGCGAUGCAGCAUUAGAGGUUUUGCUAAGUUUUUAUAAAACCAAAUCGCCUAACGCCACUAUUGACACAGUGAAAAAGAAACUUCAGGCACUAAGAGCCUCAUUCAGGAAAGAGUUUAAUAAAGUUAAAGCAUCAAUGCAAUCAGGAGCUGGUACAGAUGACAUACAUGUUCCAAAAUUAUGGUACUAUGACCAAUUAAUGUUUCUUAAAGACACGGAAACACCCCGAGCGGCUUCAUCUAUUCAUUCGAUAUUGGUCGACCCGUUUGAAGAUAUAGAAGAGAUUCAUUUGGAGAGUGACCUAAAUGAAAAUUCAUAUUCUGAUGGUAGCAUGAAAUUAGAUCCAGUGUCACCACGGCCGUCUUCUUAUCUGUCUACAUCGACUACAUCAACAUCGUACAAGAGAACAAAAAAUCAGGCCGAUGCUGUUCUUAAUAAAAUAGCAAAAAAAACUAGAAGAACCCAAACCACAACCAAUACAACCACAAAAAUAUGAAAGCUUUGGACAACAUGUGGCGGAAAAAAUGAGAAGUUUUCCGCCAAAUGUCGCAAUACAUUGCGAAAAACUUAUUAAUGAUUGUUUAUAUUAUGGCGCCCUUCGUAAUCUGAAUUUUACGUCCAGAAUUAUAACUGAUGCAGUUCCAAUAACAAUUCUACCUGAAUCUCAGCUGUUAAGUUCACAACAUACUGAUAGUUUAGCUGAUUUCACUGAAUAACAAAUUUUUUAAUUGUAUUGGUUUAGUUUGUUUUUUUUUCCUGUUUAGUUUAUUUUUCUUUACUUUACUUUUAUUACUUACUUACUUUUA